AUGCAUAGGUCAGGGGAGAUCCCCUUGAUAUCAUCUAGAGUUUGGGGGUGCCAACUCGAGCUCGAGUUGGCUUACAACACUAGACAUCAACGAGGGAGGCGUCUAAGUGUUGGAGGACUCAUCACACCUAUCUUGUGUGCUGCUGGAGUGAACCCAACUGAUAAGAGAGCCACUGAACCAGGUUGGAUGGACAUCAAGUUUUGCAAGACCAACCUUCUCAUUGAGCACAAGGAGUUGGAUGGGAGAUUCCAAUUCAAGUUCACACAUCCAUUGGCUUGGACCCUCCAAGUUCUCCUACCUAACCCAGAGCUCACCACAGUAGCAAGGGGUGAGAACAUUGACUUCAGACCCCCUGUGUACACAUUAGUUGGGCAUGAGGAUGAUGCGAGAAGAGGAGCCUGA